AUCAAUAUACGCACGUGACAAAAACAGUUCCUCGAUUCAGCGGUUCCUAAAGACAUCAGUAAACAUGGACAGCGAUUACGGGAAGGCAGGGAAGGACUCUGAAGUCGCCGAAGUUCUUGUUCCUCUUCGGGGAAAGAAUCGGGAAUCUCCCCACCAGAAGCAUUCAUGGAUGUUCUGGAGAAGGAAACGCUACUUAGUGACACUUCUUACACUCUUUGGCUUCAUGAAAGUGUACACCCUGAGGUCGAGCGUGAGUGUAGCUGCUGUCGCGAUGACCUCACCCUAUCACACUACCUUGGAUAACGGCACUGUCGUGGAGGCACAAGACUUUAACUGGGAUUCAAAAAAUGCUGGGGCACCUUCCUCAGCUCAUAUUUUUACGGGCAG